AUGGACUCGUCUCCCCCGAGAAAGGUCUCCCAGGGGCAGCCCGUCGCGGGAGUGAAGCGUGCAGCAUUGUUGCCGCCGUUUGAACCAUGCUCUUCACCACCGCUCCCUCGACCAACGAAGCGAAGGGUUCUCAAAGGCGAGGACUCGUUCUCGACCUACCCAACGCCUGUACCGACUUCUUCGACCGCCAUCCUGAGCUCGUCACCCUCCCGAAUACCGCCUGCACUUCAACGUACGCAGUCAGUCACCUCGGAACGCGCCCCUCUCUCCGCCGUACCGUGUGUGAUGCUCGAGGAAAACGGUGAGCCGAUUACGAUGGGUCGAUCGAGCGCGUCGUGCUCAUAUCAACUCUCGCCCAACCGUUUGAUAUCGAGAGUUCACGUCAAGGCUUUCUUCAAACCUGCCGGCCACCCGUUUGAUAGGGAUAAGAUUGAGAUUCUAUGUACGGGGUGGAAUGGUAUCAAGUUGCAUUGUCAGGGAAAAACGUAUGAGUUGGCCAAGGGAAAGACGUUCACGUCGGAUAUCAGGGAUGCGGACGUGAUGAUCGAUGCUCAAGACUCGCGUGUUCUUGUUCAGUGGCCACGUCCAGAACGAAAAGAUUCCACGUCAGAUCAUACAUGGGACGAGUCGUCACCUAUCCGAAACGCAGAAUCUCGUUCUCGUCACGGAUUUUCGGAGAGUCCCCUCAAGUCUAGGGAGAGACUGAUGUCGCCCGUCUCUCCAUCUCCUGCUGUUCAAGCUCUCAGCUCUUCCAACCGCCUAACGCCGAGCCGCUCCAUACCCAGUGCCGUUGUCGUGUAUGAAGACGAGCCUUCCCCCGUAAGGCCCAGAAAUACCACCCCUGAGCCGAAUUCCACCUCCCAAAUCACUCAGCUAGCCUCCUCCACCUCUCAGGAUGAUAAUGUUCGAAAUUCGUUGUCGAGCAUACUCACAAAAGCUGAUGAGCUAUCUGAACAUGAUGAAGAGAACGACCCAAUUGUCUUUUCGUUCGGUCCAUAUGGAGAGAAUAUUCUACCUCGCAUGGCUGCCGUUCACGCUGCAGACUCACCAUUCACCUCACCGCAGCAGAAGCCCGCGAAGCGUGCUCAGGCGUCCCGCACCUUAUCGAUGACCAGUGCAUCCCGCUCUGCAAUCCAGAAUCACAUCGUAAACCAGCUGGCUUUUUCGCGUCUCUCAUCUACCCCAUUCUCCACGAUAGUCAGCAACCUCCCCUCUGACCUGGUUGGAACCGGUUCAUCGAAGAAGCCUAGGGUGGCUAAUGCUGAUAUCAGAACAAUCAUCGAAGAGACAAGAUGUAUAGGUACAGUGAGCCGCAAGGGCAAAGAUGCUGCAGGGAAACAAUUGGAAUGCGAGUACUACUAUACACCUGACUUUGAUACGGAUGAGAUGAGGAAGCAGGCGGUCGUCAACGAUUUACGGAAGCCUGGCCUACGGAACUGCAGAAAACAGCACAAGCAAUAUUUCUGGAAACGACCAAAGACGCCUUAG